CCUAGCUGUGCGGCAAGCGUGUUUCUGGAGCACCCAUAACUAGCAUGCCGAAGGUGAAGACGAAACCGCGGUCGCGGCAGCAGCGCCAUGAAACAAAAGGAGCGGGAUCAGGACCAGGCAUCAGGUUCAACACUGGACUCGGUCAGCAUAUUUUGAAAAAUCCUCUCAUUGUGACCAGCAUUGUAGAAAAGGCUGCAUUGCGUCCAACAGAUGUUGUUCUAGAAGUUGGUCCUGGCACGGGCAACAUGACAGUGAAAAUGUUAGAAAAAGUAAAAAAGGUCAUUGCUUGUGAGCUGGAUGUAAAGCUGGUUGGUGAACUCCAGAAGAGAGUCCAGGGCACACCUUUGGCUAGCAAGCUCGAAAUAAAGAUUGGAGAUGUAUUGAAAUCUGACCUGCCCUUUUUUGAUGCUUGUGUGGCUAACUUGCCUUAUCAAAUUUCGUCACCUUUUAUUUUCAAGCUGUUGCUACACCGGCCUUUCUUCAGGUGUGCAGUACUUAUGUUUCAGAAAGAGUUUGCUCUUCGUCUGGUUGCCAGGCCAGGCUCUCCCCAGUACUGCAGGCUUUCUGUUAAUACUCAGUUAUUAGCCCGUGUUGAUCAUCUGAUGAAAGUUGGAAGAAAUAAUUUUAAGCCGCCGCCCAAAGUUGAAUCCAGUGUUGUAAGGAUAGAACCAAAGAACCCACCGCCACCCAUCAAUUUCCAGGAGUGGGACGGUCUACUCAGAAUAGUCUUUGUCAGGAAAAACAAAACACUCUCAGCAGUUUUUAACUCAAAUGCUGUGAAGCGACUGCUGGAACAGAAUUACAGAAUUCACUGCUCACAAAAUAACUUGAAAAUUCCUGAAAAUUUCAAUAUUGGGAAUCUAAUACAAGGAAUCUUACGUGACACUGGUUAUUCAGAAAAACGUGCCCGCAUAAUGGAUAUCGAUGACUUCAUCAGAGUUCUGCAUGGCUUCAAUGCAGAAGGCAUCCACUUCUCAUAAAGGAAAUCACUUUUGCUGGGAUGAACUGAUUUACAUGUAUAAAGAUGGUAUUGCAAUUUCACUCAUGUUGAGUGUAAACUAAUCUGUGGUGUAGCCUGCUACUUUCAAUUACAUGGAGCUGUCAGAAGAUGGAAGAGAAAUAACGAUCACAGUGACAGUGUGGUGAAAAAGAAUAUAAACCAUUGAUGACAGGUUUUUGUCAUACUGUUUGCUGCUUCCAAUAGAGGCCAACACAGAGAUCCUUAAUACAAUUAUGGUGGUAUUGAGCACUAAACGUGUGCUAACCCUGUAACUUUCAAGCCCAGUUCCCUUACCAAAGACCUCAUAGAUUUUCUCAAUUAAGUCUU